AUGAAGAUCUGCAUUCUCUUUAGCCUAACAUUUGCUUAUGGUUUCCUUGGAAAUGGUUUUUCAAAUGCCAAUCCUCUCCCAUAUGAUGCCAUUUUCAAUUUUGGUGACUCUAUAAGUGACACGGGGAAUGCUGCUACUUACAACCCAACUAUGCCUAGUAAUAGUCCUUAUGGUUCAACAUACUUUAAUCAUCCAUCUGGGCGUAUGUCAAAUGGACGACUCAUCAUUGAUUUCAUAGCUGAGGCAUAUGGGUUGCCAAUGUUGCCACCAUACUUGAAUCUUACCAAAGGACAAGACAUUACUCAAGGAGUAAAUUUUGCAUAUGCCGGUUCAACUGCACUAGAUAAGGAUUUUUUCAUGCAACAAAUGUUGGAACUAGACGCAGCUUCUUAUUCUUUAAGUACUCAACUUGAAUGGUUUAAGAAGCUCAAACCCUCCCUUUGUAAAAGCGAAGAGUGUGAUAGUUACUUCAAAAACACAUUGUUUAUAGUGGGAGAGAUUGGUGGCAACGACAUUAACGCAAUCAUCCCGUAUAAAAAUAUGUCAGCACUUCGAGAAAUGGUUCCACUUAUUGUUGAAGCAAUUACUAAUGCCAUCACCAAAUUAAUAGAGGAAGGAGCAGUAGAGCUAGUGGUACCGGGUAACUUCCCAAUUGGGUGCAAUUCUGCUGUUUUGGCAAGGGUGGGCAGUGAUAAGAAAGAAGACUAUGAUCAAUUUGGGUGUUUGGCAGCUUACAAUGCUUUCAUCGAGUACUAUAAUGGACAAAUCAAAAAGGCUAUUGAGACAUUAAGACAAAAGAACCCACAUGUUAAUGGCGUCGGCGCGUGUCGUAGUGCUCGGCCUAGGUACAUCCUUAGCCGAUGA